CAGAGCCGGAGGCGGUAUCGGUGCCGCUUGGCCGCAGUACAUGAGUCCUCCGCCGCGUGGCCACUUCCAAGAGCUGACAGUGACCGGCGGCCACCAGAGCGCCCGAGUGCCCGACGUCCUUCAUGGAAAAUGGAGUGAGUGAGUAAGCAGCUCAGCACCGAAGUGUUCGACCUCGGUGAGUCAGUGGUAUACAUAGACGACACAGACUUCCAAACUCUUCUCGCCCAUUGCUGUCGGCUCGCUUGAGCUUCAGCACCGGGUCGUAAUGGCACCUAUGACCCGUGGCCGGGCCAAUCCAGUAGGAGGUGUCAUUGCAGACUUCACUUACGAGUAUUAUGCCCAGCGAGCAUCGCCGGGUGGACUAUUGAUUAGCGAAGGAACCGUCAUCGCCAAAGAAGCAGGGGGUUUUCCCCAAGUCCCAGGCAUCUACAAUCAAGCCCAUAUCGACGCUUGGAAGAAGGUCACCGCGGCUGUCCACGAAAAGGGCGGCAAGAUUGCCUGUCAGCUUUGGGCUUCUGGACGCGCAGGGAUCCAAGGAGCCAUACCCAAGAUCUUUGCCCCCAGCAAUGUACCGCUCGUCGACGGCGCCCAAGAGCUCUCCGUCAUGACUGAAGAGGACAUUGAGCGGUUCAUCGAGCAUUAUCGACAAGCAGCUGUCAAUGCCAUGGAGGCGGGCUUCGAUGCAGUAGAGCUCCACGGGGCAAACGGCUACCUCAUCGACCAAUUUGUGCAGAAAAAGACCAACCAGAGGACCGACGCCUACGCCCAGCCCACCUUCCUCUUCCCCCUCCGCGUCCUUUCCGCCGUCACCUCAUCCAUCGGUGCCCACCGCGUCGGCCUUCGCAUCUCGCCCUUCUCCCGCUUCAAAGGCAUGCGCGAUGCCGAUCCCCUCGGUACUUUCGUCCCCUACAUCACCAAGGUCCUCGAAGCGCACCCCGACCUGGCUUAUAUCCAUGCGAUAGAGCCCAGGGCAGAGGGGUUUGCGGAUGUGGACAUCGUUCAGGGAGACGACUUGCAGCCCAUCAGACGGGUGGUGCAGGAGGUUGGGAAAGGGGUCAAGUUUAUCGUCGCUGGCGGGUACACUAUGGAGAAUGCCAAGGCUCACGCUGACGAGACUGGGGAUCUCGUGGCCUUUGGGAGAUUUUUCACUUCCAACCCAGAUCUUGCCAAGAGGAUCCAGAACGGGUGGCCACUCCAGAAAUACGAUCGACCAACCUUUUACAGCCCUGGGAGAGAGGGCUAUGUCGAUUUCCUUGAAUACCAAGCCCCUCAGGCUUCCGCUUAGUUCUCCUAUUCGCUGCCGUCGGGUAUGACGGAGACUAGAAAGCUCAUUAGUUUGAAUGCAAAUGUUGCUCAGAGAUGCCAAUAUG